AUGUCACAUUAUCAAUUUACUACAUUUGAAACUCCUACUCCCGAACCGGAAUCAGAGUACGAUGAUAGGCCCUUAACAGCUUCACCGACUAUGUCAUUCCGUCGCGACUAUGCGACUACUACAUUCCAAGGUAGACCUAUGCUCUACCGCAUUAACCCUGAACUAGGCCUGUUAUGUUGGCUUCAGGAAGAUAUUACAAAAGAGAGCGAAAAUUUGCUACUCUAUGGAGCCGACCGCGGCGAAUCUUUCGUUCCAGCCGGAAUUCUUAUAUAUAAGAUACAAUCCCUCUUCUGA